UUAAAUAUGAAAUUUUACAACUUAAUGUUAUUGUUAAAUAAUUAUUUUGUGUAAUGUAAAUGUAAAUAGUGCAAGGGAUUGUUUGUAGGUUGUAUCAUUUAAAUUGUCGGUAAAUUAGUUGGUGGAUUGAUAUUAAUAUUAUAUAGUUUUAAUUGAUAUUUCAGUGGGAUAACCUUGACAUUUUAAAUUAAAAUUGUUGGUGUCAGUGUGUGUUCAAACAUACUGUGGUAGAGUGAAUUACUAUUGUUUACUCUUUUUAUUAUUAUUUUUAUAUAUUUACUAUUUGAUUGAUUAGAAUUACUGGUAUUGAAAUGCCGCUUUUUGGUAAAAAAGAUUCUAAUAAAAAAUUGAAAAAGGAUGGAAAGGAUGAUAAAAUGUCAUCUGUUGAUGAUAAAUAUACGCUCAAAGAACUUUUGGGAACAGGCGCUUUCUCCGAAGUUAGACUCGCCGAGAGCAAGGAGAAACCUGGACAAAUGUAUGCCGUUAAAAUAAUAGAUAAAAAGGCCCUGAAGGGAAAAGAAGACUCGUUGGAAAACGAAAUAAAAGUACUGAGAAGGUUCAGUGAAACAGUGACACCACAGAGUGUUGAUGGACCGAUCAAGUCCAGUAAUAGUGGCGAAAGAGGAUGGCUAACCCACCCAAAUAUAGUUCAGCUAUUGGAAACCUUCGAAGACAAGCACAAAGUUUAUCUUGUGAUGGAGCUGGUAACCGGAGGAGAAUUGUUCGACAGAAUCGUCGAGAAAGGUUCUUACACAGAGAAAGACGCGUCUGGACUUAUAAGGCAAGUCCUCGAGGCUGUGGAUUACAUGCACGAGCAAGGCGUCGUACAUCGUGAUCUCAAACCCGAGAAUCUCCUUUACUACAGUCCUGAUGAAGACAGCAAAAUUAUGAUAAGCGAUUUCGGGCUCUCAAAAAUGGAAGACUCUGGAAUUAUGGCGACGGCUUGUGGCACUCCGGGAUAUGUCGCUCCUGAAGUAUUGGCGCAAAGGCCGUACGGAAAAGCUGUCGACGUUUGGAGUAUAGGAGUAAUAUCUUAUAUUUUACUCUGUGGAUAUCCUCCUUUUUACGACGAAAAUGACGCUAAUCUGUUUGCUCAAAUUCUAAAAGGUGAGUUUGAGUUUGAUUCGCCUUACUGGGAUGACAUAAGCGACUCAGCCAAGGAUUUUAUCCACAAACUUAUGUGUGUCAAAGUCGAAGAUAGAUACACUUGUAAGCAGGCUCUGGCGCAUCCAUGGAUAUCCGGUAACGCAGCGAGCAAUAAAAACAUCCAUGGACCAGUAGUAGGAAAGCCUUCUUGUCUCAUGGUUCCAGCAAGCCUACCAUGCGGCCACGGUGAUACGUCAGAUGCAGAGACUGGCGCUCAACAGUGGUCAGCACCACCAGCACCAGCAGCAGCAACAGCAGCAACAGCAGCAGUCCCAGGGCAUGGAAACGACCGGGUCAUCCACCGACAGUCAAAAGGUCCCACGAACCGAGCCAACCCAGGGCAAUCCUAUUCGUCCUUAUCGAAAGUAAGACAGCACAGUAAUAAAUAUCAGCAGCGAUUGAGAUUUAAUUAUAAUAAUUCAGUACAAUCAACAACCGAAUCAAUGUCUAAUGCUUGGCGUUCUCAACUGUAUUUUCGAAAUAACAAACGCUUUCAGCUAUUUUGGGCUGAUACACGCACUGCACUCAUUAAUCUCUUCCAAAAAAAUGCUAAAUCUCUUAAGAAAAAAAACAAACAGUUACGUUGAAUUGCAUUGAAUCUCAUUAUAAUGCUUAUUUAGCGUUACUAAUGUUAAAAGGGAGUGUAAAAAUUUUUUUUCUUCAACUAGAGAAUGUAUUAAUUUAAAAA